GCUGAUUGGUCAGCGCCGCUCUCGGCGAGUCUCGCGCUAUCUGCUGUGGCCAAUAGGGCUCCCCGCAGUCUUGGGAGCAGCUCUCUGGAGUGGUGGCGCAGCUUUUUGCUCGGUCUCGCUGUUCCCCACUGCUUCCCAGUGAUUCGGGGCAGGAAAAGAUUUGGAAAGACAGAAACCAAGGAAGAUGGAAAACUGCCAUCAGCAAAGGCCAUUGAGAGAAGAAUUUGGGUGCAAAGAGCUUUUCUAGAGAGGCUAAACAUCCACCUUGAAGAAGAAAGAAUAUCUGGAGCUACAGCUCAGUUUAAACCUAUAGUGGCUGCUUGGAAAAUGAAGACUCAGACUCCAGAUUGGUGGUUUAUAUGUUCUUCAUGCAAGAGCAGUGUGCUAAAGGAGAGAGGUAACUGUACUGAGCAGUGACUGAAAGCUGCAAGCAUUGGACAGAUUUCCAGAAGACACAAGCUUUCUGAGGGACCAGAAGAGGGCACACGUUCCCCAAAGACUGAAACUGCAGAGGGUCUUGAGCUUCCAUGUGUGUGCUGAGAAUUGAAAUGUGUCCUCUGGAAGAGCCAUCUCUCCCGCCACAGAACAAAAAGUUUUUGAAGUAGAUGUAGCUUUGAGCAUUCCAUAUUGGAAGAAGAGAUUUUUAGACAUGAAAAAAAUGCCUUUGUUUAGUAAAUCACACAAAAAUCCAGCAGAAAUUGUGAAAAUCCUGAAAGACAACCUGGCCAUUUUGGAAAAGCAAGACAAAAAGACAGACAAGGCUUCAGAAGAAGUGUCAAAAUCUCUGCAAGCAAUGAAGGAAAUUCUGUGUGGUACAAAUGACAAGGAGCCCCCUACAGAAGCAGUGGCUCAGCUGGCUCAAGAGCUCUACAGCAGUGGACUGCUCGUGACACUGAUAGCCGACCUGCAGCUGAUAGACUUUGAGGGAAAAAAAGAUGUGACCCAGAUAUUCAACAACAUUCUGAGAAGACAGAUCGGUGCACGGAGUCCUACUGUGGAGUACAUCAGUUCUCACCCUCACAUCCUGUCUAUGCUCCUCAAAGGAUAUGAAGCCCCACAGAUCGCCUUACGCUGUGGGAUUAUGCUAAGAGAAUGUAUUCGACAUGAACCACUUGCCAAAAUCAUCCUCUUUUCUGAUCAGUUCAGAGACUUCUUCAAGUAUGUGGAGCUGUCGACAUUUGAUAUCGCUUCAGAUGCCUUUGCUACUUUUAAGGAUUUGUUAACCAGACAUAAAGUGUUGGUCGCGGACUUCUUAGAGCAAAAUUAUGAUACUAUUUUUGAAGACUAUGAGAAACUGCUGCAGUCGGAGAAUUACGUGACAAAGAGACAAUCUUUAAAGCUGCUAGGUGAGCUGAUCUUGGACCGCCACAAUUUCUCAAUUAUGACCAAGUACAUCAGCAAGCCAGAGAACCUGAAACUGAUGAUGAACCUGCUUCGAGACAAAAGCCCUAACAUCCAAUUUGAAGCCUUCCAUGUCUUUAAGGUGUUUGUGGCCAGUCCUCACAAAACACAGCCAAUCGUGGAGAUACUGUUAAAAAAUCAGCCCAAACUCAUUGAAUUUCUGAGCAGCUUCCAGAAAGAAAGGACAGAUGACGAGCAGUUUGCAGAUGAGAAGAACUACCUGAUUAAACAGAUUCGAGACUUGAAGAAAGCAGCCCCGUGAAGACGGGCCUGCCCUGACAGCCAUCUGUCUCCCUUGCCCAGUGGGCACAGUGCCGCUUCAACAGUCUCCAUCCUUGGGAGGCUUUGGAGGUGCCUGGUUUCUCAAUUGAUUAUUCAAGGUAGAUGGAAUAUAAACAUUUGAAUGGAAAAAAAUCAACCUAGAAUAAUAUAUUCAUUUUAAUCAAGUCUGUGAUUGCUUAUGUGAAAUCAACCAUUAUAUUAAACGUUGAUAAAAGCAGGUGUAACUCAGAGCUGGACACUGGGUCACCCAGGCCACCAAGUAGAAGGAGCACAAGUGUCUCUUGUGGCAGAAUGGGGAGGGAACCUUCUGUGUGUGUUUAGACAGGCUGUUUCAGGCACUAGAGAGAUAUGCACUUUGACACCCUGCCUGCUACCUUCUAACUGUGGUAAGUGGCUCCUGGCUUCCAGAGGAACGGUGCUCAGUUUCUGCUCGCUGCCCCUCUUUGUGUCCCAGCCUUGAUCCAGGGCCCAUGCCCAUUCCAACUGUAGAGCAACUGAGGACCAGGUGAAAUCAGCUGGGGCCACGUGGGCCGAGAACAUGCAUGGGCGUGACUUUUCAGAGAACUGCAAACAGGUGACUGUAGAGUCACUGCUGUUCUGUAUGCCCCUGAGGAGGGUCAGUGAGUGUGGGGACAUUUCACUAGCGUCUGUUGUCUAGAGAGAGUGCUCUGUGGGGACUGUUUUGAGAGGGGAAUCACAGUGGGUGCAAAGCCUGGGACUGGAGGCUGUGGUAGACUUUGAUCAGGAGAGGACGGAGUGAUUCGUGCAUAAAAAUUUCUCUAAUGACCAGAGGUUCUCUUGUCCAGUUUGUUCUGUAAUAAACUCUCAGUCUGUGCCUGCC